AAAAAUGAAAGUUUAUAUUUAUAUAGUAACAUAGAAGUAUAGUUCAGUUUUCACUUAUUAGUUUAAAUUUAGUUUAGGUUUCUUAAUAUUUUAUAAUAUUCCUUUCCCUUCAUGUGAUUUUAAUUUAUAUAAAGACAAUACUUGUUAUAAGAAAGAACAAAAAAUUCACAUGUGUAAAUACCCUAUAUUAAAUUAUUUUAAAUGAUUUUAAACACUAUAUAAAGGUCCUCUGCAUGAUCACAAAUUCUCAAACUCAUUCACAAAAGAAUAAUAAUAACAUAUAUUAUAUAUCAUAAGAGCUCUAGCUAGCCAUGGCUAUCACCCUCUCUCAAGUUUCUUUUGCAACCACUCAUUCUCACAUCAAUGAUAGGUCUUUGGGGCUCAAAAGAUCUUUGUUCAUCAAGGGUUUCUCUGGGGCACCUUUGAGUUUGGCUUUUAAGACAAAUUUUGGACAAGCAAUAGAGAAUGUCUCAUCAAAAAGGCUAGGUACUACUCCUCAUCAUCGCUCUCGUCAUGUAGUAUGCACCAUAUGGCAAGAUAACAAGGUUCCUGUGGCUCCAUUAGAGCUCGAAAAUUCCACAAGGCCUCCCACAAAUCUAUACUCGGAAAAGUCACUUCACACGGCCACCAUUCUCUCUGUUGACAAGAUUUCUGGCCCAAAUGCUCCUGGUGAGAUUUAUCGUAUUGUAUAUUUUCAUGAUGGCUUUCUUCCUUACUGGGAGGGACAAGUUUUGCGUGUAAUGAAAGCGCCCGAUGAAAAUCCUUUCGAACCAGGAAAUCCAAAAAAUUUGAGUUACUUUUCAGCUGCUUCUUCAAGAUAUGGAGAUUCUUUUAAUGGAAAAACAACCACUUUAUGUGUGCGUAGUAUUCCUGGCACCACUAGUGAGAUUCUAUGCAAGUCCAAGCCUGGAGAUAAAAUUCAACUCGCAGGCCCAACUCGCGAGGCAAUGAUUUUGGGAGAUUUCAAAAACCCUAAUGCAACUCACAUAUUUGUGGCUACUGGGACUGGUGUUGCGCCAUUUAGGGCUCAUCUUCAACGUUUCUUCAAAGAAGAUAUUCCAACAUUCCAAUUCUCCGGACUUGCAUGGCUAUUCCAAGGGGCGAGCAACAACGAUAGCCUACUCUUUAAAAGUGAAUUCGAGCAAUAUCAAAAGGAGUACCCAAAUAAUUUUCUUUAUAACAUAGCAUUGAGCAGAGAACAAAAGAACAAAUUGGGUGGGAAGAUGUAUGUUCAAGACAUUUUUAGUGACUAUGCUGAUGAGGUGCUAGAGUUGUUGCUUAAAGGAGCCUACAUAUACUUAGGUGGGCGUAAGGACAUGGUAAAACCAAUUGAAGAUGCCUUAGGUGAUGCUGCCAUGAAAAUUGGUAAAAAAUGGGAUGACAUACUCACAUCAUUGAAGAUUAACAACCAAUGGCGAGUUGAAGUAUACUGAUGAUGAUGUUGUCCUACUACGCACAAGCCUACGUACAUGCAUGCAUGCGUGUCUUCUCUCUUCUAUUAUAUAUUUAUAUAUAUUUGUGUGUGUAUCUCUAUUCUCCUUCAAACAUGUGAUGGGAGUUUGUUUGAGUUGUUUCAGUUGAAUAAAGAAGAGAAUAAUAAUAAUAUUAAUAAAAGAAUUUCAUUUUUGAUUGUCA